AUGUCGGUGGAGCAAUACGCAGUGGGCCUCCGCUCGCUUCACGUGCGCCUUUUCAACGCGCUUCAGCCGGAAGAUGUACUGGCAGUGGCCCACCGCUCCUCGGCCGCCUACUUGCGCUCCAGCGCAUUCCUCCUCACGCCCGUAGGCACGUUUCUCGCCGCAUCGGCCGACCUUGCCUUUUGGACAGUCUCCGUUCUCCUGCACGCGGCGGCCCUUGACGGCCAACAAAUGCGGGGUGCAGGGCAUACGUCGCCCCCCGCCGUGAAUUUCGUGCAGCUUUACCAGCGACUUGUUGAACUUCUUGUUGCUCUUGUGCGGUUGAACGAUUUGCACGGGGCGGUUGCUGUGCACAGGGGCCUACACCACCCAAUCCUGCAGCGGGUAACGGCGCAGCCACGCGUUGUUGCGUUGCUGCCCGCAAGUACGCUGCAAAACGUCGCCCACCUCCAUGGGAUUUUCAGGGCGUGUGGCGCGGGGAAGGCGACAAGCGAAGAUGCGCUGGAAAAUUACAUGCGGGGCCUUCCGGACACAGAUGUUCACCCACUCCUUCCGCCGCUUCAACACUACCUGGGGAGACUGACGCGGUUGAGCCGCGAGGUGCCCUCCUUCCUCUCUCUUCGCACGGAUGAAUUUUGCCCCCCAAGCAGGCCAGAGGAAAACGCACGGGAAAUUGUUGUCGUCCACUGGCGAAAGUACAUGCUGCUCGACCGUGUGGUGUGCCAACUCACGGCUCAGCAGCUGGAGGCACGCCCCAGGGCAAUGAAUAAGGCGUUUGAGACUCACUUCACGCAGCAAAAGAGACGAAUAAUCUCCGACUAUUGGCAACUGGCCGGAAUGGCAAACAGCUUUCUCUCCGCCCUCUGA